AUGCUUCAGUUAUAUAAUAAUGUUAAGGAGGAGGAUGAGAAUGGAGAGGCGCAAUUUUGGAAAAAACCGCUCGGUGCUUGGAUAAAAGAUUGUAUCAUUGGAACGGAUGCAUUGCUUCCGGAAGCAGCAUGGAGAAUGGAAGCUUAUCGUGGAGGUGUUUUACGAUUUUCGGAACUCUGCGACGGUUUCGUUUUUAGUCUUCUCUUUGUUUUCGUCGAAUCGGAUACGCUAAAUUUGAUAAUAAUGCGUGAUGGAGAAAAUUCACUCUCAGACACAGCAAUCAACUUGAAAAGACUCUCAGUGCUACUAGAAAAUAUUCAGAAGUUUUAUCGAAAGGAAUUAAACAAAUUGAUUGUCAUGCCAUUACCGGAUCUUUUAACCAUUGUACGAAAUCCAUAUCCCGAAGAGUGUGAAACAGAUGUAAACAAUGUAUUGCUAUUAUUGUUGGGAUGUGCAGUUCACGGUGAACAACGUGGUAAAUUCAUUGAACGUAUCAAACGUAUGGAAAAUGAGCUACAAACAGCACUCAUAAAUCAAAUUAAAAAGGUAGCGGAAGAAGGUGACUGCGUACUUAACGUCCACGCUCUAGAGUUAAUUUCAGUGGACGACCAAAAAACAACGAUACUGGCUCAUCUAGAAAGUGUAAUGAAAGAGCGUGAUAGGUACGCCAAUCGAUUAUACGAAAUGUCCUGUGAACGAGAAAGUGAUGAAAACAGUACGACCGCUGGCUCUUCAUCAGUUUCCAGUGAAAUGAUAAGGACAAUAAAGCAGCUAUCGGAGAAUAGUUGUGAAGAUCGUAUUCCUUCACCCACUACAAUACAAAGACAUGCAAAUAUUGAACUUGCAUCUGCAAAAGCUGAAAUCCGAAAGUUAAGAAAUAUGAUGGAGGAACGAGAUGAGACGAUCGCAGAGUUAAAAGAUGAAGCGGAAGCUCGUGAAGUGGAUAUUCUAAAAAUGCAACAAGAACGAUUGGAACUUAUAAAAGAUGCUCGUGCAGCAAAGGAUUAUCGUGAUGAGCUUGAAUGCCUGCAACAUAAGUUAGCAAAUUAUGAUAAGCUAGAAGCUGAUAAUGGCAAAUUAAAAGAGAAAUUGUCAGAUUUAGAUUUCUUCAAGUCUCGAGUAACGCAAUUAAAAGAAGAAAAUGAGAUAAUGCAAGAAUCGUGCUCGGUAUUGGAAGAUCAACUUGAACAGUGUCAACGGAAAGUUUCAAAUCAUAUUGAUAUGGAAGCAAAAUUAGCUGAUUAUCAAGAUCAAAUAAAACAAUAUCUUGCCGACAUCACUAAGGAUCGGGAGAAAAUUGAGCAUUUAUUAGUGGAAAAUGGCCGUUUGGAAAGAGAACUGAAAAGUGAACAACAAAAAAGUUUAACAUUAGAACGAAAAAUGGAAUGCAUGAAUGAGGAGGACAAACAUAAUCUGCCAGAGAACUUCGGAUCGUUGGGUAGUCAAAUGGCUGAUGAUGAUAAAAAACGAAUUUUAGAAUUGGAAUUAGAAAAUAGGAAAUUGAGGACGAAACUUGAGAAUCAUAAUAAUUGUGAAGAGUUGGGUGAAAUUCAUGCGAAAUUAUUGCGAACUGAAAUAGAACUGUCGGAAAAGAAGGAGCAAUGCGGAAUAUUAGAUCAAGAAGUCCAACGGUUCCAAAUGACUUUAUCAAAAAUUACUUCAGAGUAUCAAAAGACUUGUGAUCUAUGCAAUACGUUGGUAAUGGAACGAGAUUUAGCACAACAGAAUUUGCAAGAAGCAAGAAAGAAAUUUUCCGAUUUUCAAAAUGAACAGAAAAAUGAUUUUACUGAAACGAUUUCGGAAUUGCAAGAAACUUUAAAAACUAAAGAAGAAGAAAUCAAUUCCUUACGAAAGGUGAAAAUUCAGAAAGAUGAAGAACUGAAGAAAGCGCUCGAAAAUGGACAAAUAUCGGCAAUUGAUACUGAAAAACUAAAGCAUAAAUUAAAAGAGAUAGAGCAAACUGCACAUAAUUUAGAAAAGCAGAAGAAAUUAUUGGAAAAAGAACGAAACGCUCAAAAAGAGCUCAACGAACGACUUGAAGGAUACGUUGAAGAGAAUAAAUUGAAGGUAAUGAAUAUGGCAAGCAUUCAGAAAAAGUUAGAAACUUGUGAACGAGUAACAAUGGAAAGUCGAAGCCGAAUAAAUGAAUUGGAAAGUGAAAAUAAACAGCUUAAUCGGCAGCUUGAAUUGGAGCUCAAAAAGAUGGAUCGUUUGCGAGAGGAUUUGAUAGCUGUGAAAUCACGAUGUAGUGAUUUGAUAUCCCGAUUACGUUCAAUUUGUGUAUCAAUUCAGCUGAACGGUGGUAAAUGUGAGAUGCAAAUGAUACAAUCCAUUGAUGAUGAUUGUGAUGGUGUUGAUGAUGAGAGAAUUAUUACAAUUAUCGAUGAUGUUAUCAUGAAAGCACUUACAACUGCAAAACGUGAAGCUGAUACCCUAAGAUUACAGCAGCAUACACAAAUCGCUGAAUUAAAUGUUCUGAAGGAGGAUAUUGAGCGAUUAAGACAAUCGGAAAGCGAUCUGAACGAAAACGACGAUCGUUUACGACAAUUGACUACAGAAAAUAAAAAUAUCAAAGAGCAGGUAUUUCUUUUGCAAGAACGAAUUCGUGAAAUGGAGCAAGAAAAUUCAUCCAAAUGCAGUGAAGUGACAUUACUGAAAAGAGAGCUGGAAGAAUUGCAACAAAAUGCUGCAAGCCGAAGUAAAUUGCAUACAGAACUUGCUAAGCUUCAAGUUUCCGUACGAAAUCUUCAACUUCAGGAAGAGCUAUUGAGGCAAGACAAUACAGAAAUGCAAAAACAACUUAAAAUUUGUGAGAAAGAAAAAUUAGCCACAAAAACUGAUUUCGAAUCGUUGCAAUCAAUGCAUAGUGCACUUCUAAUGGAUCACGAUCGUUUGCAAACAUUGCAUGACAUGCUUAGUGCUGAUUAUGAUCGUGCACAAUACGAUAACACAUUAUUAAAUAUUAAAUUGAAGAAUCAUAAAGGAACUGCAGAGGAAGUUUUAAAUGAACGUCGACAAUUCGAGAAAUUAAAAUUAACAGUUGCAGAGGAACAUGAACGACGUGAUCAUGAAGUACGAAUAAUGCGAAAUGACAUGAUGACACUACGUAAUAAUUAUGAACAAAUACGGAAAGAUAAUAUUUCGUUGGUACAUAAGGCACAGCUUAAUGAGGACGAAUUACGGAAGCUUCGAUUUGCUGAGCAAAAUCAACGCGCAAUUAGUGGGCGUUUGACGGCGCAAGUUGAUGAUUUACAGCGAAAGCUACAAGCUCGAAAUUUAGAAAUCACUGAAUUACUUCAGAAAAUUGAGUUAUUUACAUGUCUGAACAAAACGCUCGAGGAAGAAAGUCGCGCUUUGAAUCGACAGGUUAAUCAUCUCUUGGCACAAAAUCACGAUCUCCUGGGAAAAAAAUUGAACAAUAAAGAUAUUAUUUAUCAUAAUGCACAAAAAGAUUUUCAGGAGAAUGUUCUCUUACAAGAGAAAUUAUCAUCAUUGAGAAGUGAUAAGGAACAAUUAGAAGGAAAAAUAAUGAAACAAUAUCAUAUAUUGGAUAACAGUAAAGGAACAGCCAAAGAAAAGUUGACGUUUUUGGAAGGAACCGCCAAAGCGCUCAUUCCCAAGAAUCCUGGAUCGAAUAGCAGUGAUAUAUUUGCUACCGAAAAGUAUGUGAAUGGUGCUUCUACCGGAGAAAGUAGCGCAUAUCCGGCAGAAGAAUCGUUGACUACAAUCGCUACGAAACAAAAUUCACCGCUUACAGCGUCAAUAAAUGGUCAGUUACCAAUGAAAUAUCACGAUCGUUCUAUGGAAACAAUCAUCCAAGAUAAUUGUAGUGGUAGCAGCAGCAGCAGCAGUGACAGAUACUGCUCAAAUCCGGAUGAUCAACCUUCUAGUUCAUCUGGUGAAUUAACACUUAUCAAUAAGGGCUGCGAAUUGCAACAAAAUGAAUCUCAAACAAGUCCAGAAUCCAGAAAUAAUUCAAUGCAUUGUUCUCGAACAUUCAUGAGAAAUAUUUUUCGUGCUGAAUAUUCAUCAUUGCGACGUACAGUUCCAUUCAAUGAACGAUCCAUUGAUGUUAUUAGUUUGAACGGUUCUGAACGCGGCGUAGAUAUACCCUCAUCAACCCGUACUUUACCACCUCGUCCACCAUCUCGAUCAAAUUCAGCCGGUCGAUCCUCGCAUAAUCGAUUACCUCCUCCAUCAUAUCAACCAAAAAAUUCCAUCAAACAUCUAGCAACAAAUGCAAUCAGCAAUAAACCACCACCGCCACCAUAUAAGGUACAAAUUAUGGCACAUACAAAACGAACUAUCGAAUUUUCACCGAAAGGAACAUCAACACCUAUAUUGGAGCAUAAUGAAUCCCGACGAUGUCCAGAAGAUGAAAAAGGAAGUAGCAUACGUGAUAAGGUGGAGCGGAAGGAGAAGACAUUAAGUAUCUAUGAGAAUGUUGAUCAUAAUGAUGCAUCUUUUGGUUCAGAAAUUGGUACUGUUUGGUACGAGUAUGGAUGUGUCUAA